AUGCGACUGCUUAUAAAAGUAUGUAUUCUUCUAAUUUUUCUUAAUAUAAAAAAUGUUUUUUCAGAAAAUGAAAAUAUUUUAGAUCUUAUUCAAACUUAUUCUCCAUUACAUGAUAAACAUCCAUUGUUUUCAGAUGCAGUUAGAAUUACACAAUAUUAUAAUCUAUUAGAACAAGCAUUUAAUAAUCUAGGACUUAAAAAUCUAAGUAUUCAUAAUCAGCAUUUCUAUUAUGUUGUUACUAUACUAACUUCAAAUGAAUUUAAUCUUAACUGUGAAAAAAAUCUACAGAAAGUCUGCAAUGAUGCUGCUAUAAAUACGUUGAAUGAUGAUAUUAUUUAUAUUUGCAAGAAUGUUCGAACAAUAUGUGGUUCUUUACACAAUAAAAUAAAUGUAGAAGUAAAAAAAAUUAUUCAAAUUUUUUCAAACACAUCAAUUAAUGAAAACGAUCGAUGCGUUUUAUUACAAGAACAUUGUUUUUUUCUAGAACAUUAUGAUCUAGAUCUUAGUUCAAAAUGCAAAGAACUAAGAGAGCAUUGUUAUAAUAAAGUUCGUCUAGGAGUAGCAGAGGCAAUUAUCUAUCAUUUUUUAAAAGGAACUCCAAAUAAAAUAGAUAUUUGCCUAAAAAAACUAAAAAAAGAAUGUUUAUUACUUAGUCAAGAAAGCCCUGAAUUAUUUUAUUUGUGUAUUAAUGCUGGCGAUAUUUGUAAGAAAUUUGUUUCAAUAUAUGAAAAAAGUUGCAAAAAUCUUCAUACUCAAUUUUUAUUAAAACAGAAAGAAAUAACAAACGGAAAUUGUAUGUUUUGGUUAAAUAAAUGCUACAAAGCUAUUUUAGAUUGUCCACAACUUUAUCAUAAAUGUCGUUCAUUUCAAAUAGAUUGUGCGGAAAAAGGCAUUUUUUAUAAUUUUCUAAUAAAUUUUGAUAUUGAUUUUUUUGAAAAAUCACCUACUGAUAAAUAUAAAAAUAUUGUUCAAUAUGCUUAUAAGAAAUUAAAUGAAUUAGGUAUCUAUGUUGCCAAAGUAUCAACGCUUUCGAAUACAGUACUCGUUGAUAUUUUGAUUCAAAAAAUUAAUUCAGAUACUGAUUAUUGCGAAAAAAUAUUAAAUGAAAUGUGUCCUUCACUAAAUCAUUUAGUUCUUUAUAAAUCCGUAUGUACUAAAGAGUUAAAUAGUAACAACUAUGAAGCUUGUAAGGACAUAUAUAAUAAGAAUAAGGAUUAUUUUGAAAAAUAUUUUGAAAAGUUUACUAGUUUUGGUUUUUUAUCAGCUUCAAAAUAUUCUUUUUCAGAAGAAGAGUGUACAAAGUAUUUAUUAUUGUGUUAUCUUGUUAAUAAAUAUGUCGAACAUUUUGUUGGACCAAGUGUAUGCAAAACAGUACGACUUUCUUGUUAUCAACUAGGCUUAAAAACAGCUGCUGAAAUAGCUUUAAUGGAAACACUAAAUGGAAUGUUUAAAUUAGUAGCUGAAUAUGAUGGAACUUUAUGGCGUGAACCAAGUGAAGGUCACUGCAAAAUUUAUCUUUUCCUUGUAUGUAAAAAGUUUAUGUAUCACAAUUAUUUUAUACUAUUUAAAUGUUUACAUCCAGAAGAAACGUGUAAAAGAUUAAUAACAUAUCUCGAUAGUCAUUGCAAAAAAUUGGAGAAUAUACUAAAAAAGACAAACAGAAAUAUUACACACAGUUGUGAAAAACAAAAAGAAGAAUGUAAUAAAUUAAAAUCAUGUUUCGAAUCUACUGUAAAAUUAUGUAAACAGCUUCAAAUACAUUGUAAUAAUAUGGAUGAGCUUAUAGCAUUUAAAUCAUCUAUUAUAUUGAGGAAUGAAAUACAUGUUUUUCAAAAUAAUCAAACUUGUUUAGAUUAUCUUUCUACAUAUUGCUCACAAAACAAAAAUGAUAUAAAUUAUCUAUGUACUAAUAAAACAGAUAAAUGUGAAUACAUGUUAAAUAAAGUUAGAAACGAUUGUGAACAAUUAUUGCAGCGUUUAACAACUUAUGAAUAUAUCCUUAAUGAAAUCUCAUAUAUCAAUUAUAAACGUUGCUAUUAUUUCACUUAUCAAUGUACUCUACUUGAACAGGUUUGUUUUAAUUCUUUACACGAACCAUGUUCUAGAGUUCUAAAAACAUGUACCAAUGUCUUAAACCAAAAUAAAGAACUUAAUAUAUUAGCUAAGAUACUUGGGGGAAUAUCUAAUGUUUCUGAAUGUAAUGAAAAAAUGAAAAAAUGCAAAAAUUCUGCAGACCAAAAGAAAAAACAAUGCAACAGUUCUAUUCAAUGUGAAACUUUAAUAUCAUAUUUAGAAAAAAUAUGUGAUACAUUUGUAUUAAAAGCAUUUAUAUAUUAUCAUACUAAAUCUGGUUCUGACACAGAGUGUAAAAAAAUAAAAUCUUUAUGUUCAUCUAUAGGGUCUUCUUGUUCUGGGAUUAACGAUAAAGUUUCUUCUGUAUGUAAUAAGUUUACUGUUGAGUGCAAAUCACCACUGCCACAACCACCACCACCGCCACUACCUCCAUCACAACCACCACCGCCACUACCUCCACCACAACCACCAUCACUACCACCGGAGCCACCUGUGCCAUCAACACCGCCAAAGCCAUCAGAACCAAAGCCAAAACCACCUAAACCAAAGCCAAAACCAAAAUCGACAAAUUCAACUACAAGCUUUACUACGAAUUUACCAACUACAAAUUCAUCAAUUGCAGCUCCGCCAACUACAUCAAGUUCUCCAACUACACGUAUACCAACUACAGACACAUCUACAGACACAUCUACAGACACAUCUACAGACACAUCUACAGAUACACCUACAGAUACACCUACAGAUACACCUACAGAUACACCUACAAAUACACCUACAGAUACACCUACAGAUACACCUACAGAUACACUUACAGAUACACUUACAGAUACACUUACAGAUACACCUACAGAUACACCUACAGAUACACCUACAGAUACACCUACAGAUACACCUACAGAUACACCUACAGAUACACCUACAGAUACACCUACAGAUACAUCAAUUACACAAUCAUCAACAUCCACACGUUCAAGACCUAGACCAACAAUGUCACGGGAUGACUAUGGAGAAGGUUAUGGACUCAGAGCACAGAGAUUACAAAUGAUAAAAUUGAUUUUUGAGAUUGUGGAAAUAAUAUUAGGACUAUGGAUAAUUAUUUAA